GCGAAACAGUGCACGACACACCGGUGAUUCAACGAUAUUUACUUCCGGGUCAUGUGUAAUGUGCAUUACUCACCAGGAAUAACGUAUUGUCGGUAAAGUGGAGGUCUACUUUCAUUGUUCUAGUUACCACACGGUGACGGCAAUAAUAACCAUGUCAGUAUAAACCGCGAAAGAAAAACUGUCACACUCUCGGAUUGAAACAACAAUGGCCGGCAGUAAAACAGAUUAUAAUCGUUUCGACGACUCUGUCCAGGAAGAGGCCCCACCCUCCCCCGGAUUACUUCGCACGGAAAGCGAUGGAGCACAAAGUGUGAAUACUGAUCACGAUGUCAAACGCGUUAGAAUUGACUCUACAACCGAGGCUGAUACGGAAUACACUGACUCGGCCAAUGAGAAACUUUUACCACAAAAAGGAGCGAAGAAAGGCAACCAGAGCGUCGCAAAAAAACAACGUCGAGAUCCGAGACAGUUACGACGACCGCCACCACAAGAACACGAUGGACCCCCCGCAUUGCAGGAGGUCUACAGUGCGUUCGGAAAGUCGGUGACGAGCAGAAACUACGCUGUGGUAACGGUGAGCCCACCAUCAAGUCCAACUGUCAAGACUCUGCCUUACCCUCGCCCCACCAUACCAUUGGAAGACCCACCGCCUGAUUACCUGUGUUGUUCCAUAUUCUCGUGUUUCUUCUUCUGUUGGAUUAUAGGCUUGUUCGCAAUACAUCAGUCCUGGCUUUCUCGACAAGCAGCCAAGGCGGGUGAUAGGAUGGUGGCUGAAGAGAGUGGUCGAUACGCCUUGCAACUUACAUGGGCUGGUAUAUUUCUUGGCGUCAUUUUAGCAAUACUCUUCGUGGUCGUGUUUGUGACGCCCCAUUUUGCUAAAACUUGAGCUUGUACGUUUCCCACUCGGCUGAACGUUUUUUUUCUCGCAGCAAUCCUAUGCAAACUUUUGAAUAUGACACUUGUUGUUUUUAUUGUUAAGUUAUUUAUUUAUGCAUUGGUUUGAUAAGUUAUUUUAUUUAUCAAUGUCCC